UACCAUUAUACCUGUUAAAUGCUAUAUUGAUAUUCAAGACCACACCUACUUUGCUAUUAUUGAUAGUAAAGCCUCUGUCAGUAUGAUCUUGCAUCAAACUAUAAAAGAAUUAGAUCUUAAAAUUAAAAUACUAUCCAAAAGCCUUAUUGUUGCUGCUACUGGCACUACCUCUAGAUCUUUUGAAAUUAUUAAAAAUUUGCUUAUUAGGAUCCAAAGUCAAUUAUACCCUUGGAUGUAG